AUGUUUCCGCUCAAGGUCAAGACACCAGGCGUAGGGGUAACACUGGUAGUGGUAGCAACCGUGGAGGCUGUUGUCGUGGUAGUUGGAACGGCCGUGGUUGAAGCAGAUGUUGUCACUGUGGUCGUGGCAGGGGUAGGAGUUGGUUUUCCAGUAGUUGUGACGGUUGUAGUGGCAGUUAUGGUGCUGGUUGGAGUGGCAGUGGUAGAUGCUGUCGUGGAAACAGUUGUCGUUGCUGGAGUAGGGGUAGGCACACCAGUGGUGGUAACUGUUGUCGUGGCAGUGAUGGUGCUAGUAGGAGUGGCAGUGGUAGAUGCGCUAGUGGAAACAGUUGUCGUAGGUGUACUUGUCGUGGACGUAGUGGGCCUGACAGUUGUCGAAGUGGUUGUGACAGGUGGUCUACUAGUGGUGCUGACAGUCGUGGUGGCAGUAAUGGUACUGGUAGGCGAGACUGUAGUUGAAGCAGUAGUGGACAUGGUAGUUGUUACGACCGGUGGAAUUGCAGUAGUGCUCACAGUGGUGGUGACAGUAGUAGUGGCUGUGAUGGAUGAAAUUGGCCCGGUGGUUGUUGCCGUUGUCGUUACCGUAGUAGACACUAUUGAAGAAGAUACUUGA